AAGAAGAAGAAGAAGAAGAAGAAGAAGAAGAACCAUGAAGCGUCAACAGCAGUUGCAAUCCAACACAGCCCUGCAGAACUGGAAGAAACAGAAAACAAUAGCCGUCGACGCGUCCAAGCCUGCAGGGUCAAGAGCCAACAUUCCAAUCUCUGCCGCGUCCAGACCUGUAGCAACCUCAGCUGCCAUGUUGUCAAGAACUGCACCGACGUCUGGACCUGCGGCAGCAGCAACCUCCAGCAUGUCUCAACCUGUAACGACAACGUGGGAUCCUGUAGCGCACAUAGCCCACUUGCUGGAGCAGGGCAAGGAACUGUGGUUGUCUUUCCCACACAUCAGUUUGUGUGAUGAUUUGCUCCCAACACAUCAAAUGCUGCUGCUGGUCCUAAACAACAGCAAGAUGGAGGACAGUACUGGUCACCAACAUAUGACCCAUCCCAGCAGAACAUCCCUGUGCUAGUGCAGCCACAGAGUGCAGAUGCAGUGGAUAAGGAGGCAUCGAGUGUACCCAUGUUUUUCAGUUCCACACACAAUUUAACUCCCAGUGGAACAAAAUGUGUAAACGUUGGUAUAGAAGCACAUCAGGUCUGGGGCUUGCAUGCAAGAAUAGAAAUUGAAAAUGCAUUGAAGGGUGUUAAAGUGCUCAUUCCAGAGUUCUACUGGGACGAAAUACAUCGUGCAGAGCGCUGCAUCAAUCAGCAGAUGACUACAGAGCAUUAUCCUACCCGUUCUCUCCAAGACAUUCGCCUUACUGGUGUGACACUAUUACAGUAGUGUAUGAUGACUGUGAAAUUGGGUGACAACUUUGAUUAUCUAAGGCACGCCUCAGUUAUGAAGUUAUACGAUCUGGAUACUGUGCUACAUCUUGCUUUGGAGAGGUUGAACCGUUGGUUGCCGAGCAUAGACUCUGCAUACAGUGAUGAUGUAAACUUCCUGUGUGUGCAUAGUGUACAUGUUGAUGGUUUGAAGCAGUGCCUUUGUUUGCAUAAGAACGCUGAAUUGAAAGAGAAACUGAAUCAAAAGAGCAACAGAUUAAAUGUACGUGUGAAAAACCUGAGUACUGUGAGGCACCCAUUGGCUUGAGGGAGACAC